ACAUAGCACACUAUAAAUAGUCGAUGCCCCUUACCAAAGUUAAUCAAACCAAACAAUUACCAGUCCCGCUUCCUCUAUUCGAUAUACACUUUACUGGGGAAAGAUGGGGAAGUUUUCCAAGCUUGUUGGGUUGUUUGCUGUGAUGUUUGUAGUGGUGCUAGCAAUAGCUGAGUGUCGCAAACUUGAGAAAGAAACAUUCACUGACGGCGGUUUGGGUGGUGGUGCUGGCGGGGGAUUCGGUGGGGGUGCAGGAGGCGGAGGUGGUGCAGGUGGUGGAAUUGGAGGUGGCAAAGGAGGCGGUGUAGGAGGUGGUGCCGGGGGUGGUGUCGGAGGUGGAGUUGGUGGUGGUGCUGGUGGGGGCUUUGGUGGUGGCAAAGGCGGUGGUGUAGGAGGUGGAAAUGGAGGUGGUGUCGGAGGUGGUGCUGGUGGGGGCAAAGGCGGCAGUAUAGGAGGUGGAUCCGGGGGUGGUGUAGGAGGCGGAGUUGGUGGUGGAAGUGGAAGUGGAGGUGGUGUUGGUGGAGGAGCAGGCGGUGGUGUAGGUGUAGGUGGUGGUGUUGGAGGAGGCCAUGGCUUAGGAGGUGGCAAAGGCGGUGGUGUUGGUGGAGGAGCAGGCGGUGGUGCAGGUGGCGGUGCCGGAGGAGGCCAUGGCAAAGGCGGCGGUGUAGGAGGUGGAUCCGGGGGUGGAGGAGCAGGCGGUGGUGUUGGUGGAGGAGCAGGUGGUGGUGCAGGUGGCGGUGCCGGAGGAGGCCAUGGCAAAGGCGGCGGUGUAGGAGGUGGAUCCGGGGGUGGAGGAGCAGGCGGUGGUGUUGGUGGAGGAGCAGGUGGUGGUGCAGGUGGCGGUGCCGGAGGAGGCCAUGGCAAAGGCGGCGGUGUAGGAGGUGGAUCCGGGGGUGGAGGAGCAGGCGGUGGUGUUGGUGGAGGAGCAGGUGGUGGUGCAGGUGGCGGUGCCGGAGGAGGCCAUGGCAAAGGCGGCGGUGUAGGAGGUGGAUCCGGGGGUGGAGGAGCAGGCGGUGGUGUUGGUGGAGGAGCAGGUGGUGGUGCAGGUGGCGGUGCCGGAGGAGGCCAUGGCAAAGGCGGCGGUGUAGGAGGUGGAUCCGGGGGUGGAGUAGGAGGCGGAGUUGGUGGUGGAAGUGGAGGUGGUGUUGGUGGAGGAGCAGGCGGUGGUGCAGGUGGCGGUGCCGGAGGAGGCUUUGGAGGUGGCAAAGGUGGUGGAGGUGGUGUUGGUGGUGGAGGUGGUGCAGGUGGAGGCUUUGGGGGUGGGAAAGGUGGUGGUGUUGGAGGAGGAGUUGGAGGUGGAGGUGGUGCAGGUGGUGGUGGUGGUGGAGGCUUUGGGGGUGGCAAAGGCGGUGGUGUAGGAGGAGGAGCUGGCGGCGGUGCUGGUGGUGGAUUUGGUGGCGGUGCUGGUGGCGGUGGAUUUUAAAUCCCAAAUUCAGCUUUAGCCCUAGUUAGCAUGCAAAAGUCGUGUGUUGUAUGCUAUCGUGCAUGAAAAUGUAUUGCCCUUAAACUAUAGAGAAUAAAUGAAGAGCUGUAACGUGCUUCACCAUUAGCUUUUAUUUACAUCUUCCAUGCAAGCAUUUUGUGA